AUGAGUACAACAAAAAGAGUUAAACCAAAUAUUUUGAUCACAGGUACACCAGGAACUGGUAAGACUUCACUUUCAGAGAUUCUUUCAAAUACACACGAUUUUAAGCAUGUUGAUAUCUCUGCUUUGGUGAAAGAGAAGGAGUUGCAUGAUGGUUGGGAUGAUGAAUUCCAAUGUUACAUUUUAGAUGAAGAUAAGGUUUGUGAUGAACUGGAAGAGACAAUGAAUCAAGGUGGUAUCAUUGUUGAUCAUCACGGUUGUGAAUGGUUCCCAGAGAGAUGGUUUGAUUUGGUUAUCGUUUUGCGUACUGAUACAAAGAUUUUAAAUGAAAGAUUAAAAAAGAGAAAUUAUAAUACAGUAAAGAUUGAAAACAAUAUCGAUUGUGAAAUUUAUCAAAUGAUUUUGGAGGAAGCAAAGAACUCUUAUAAACAUGAAAUCGUUAAAGAAUUACAAUCAACAACCAUCGAGGAUAAUGAACAUAAUCAACAGAUCAUUGGUGAAUGGAUAAAUUCAUGGAACAAACAAUAA